AUGACAGCGGAGCAUAGUGAGUCGGUGCCCUCUAUUUUGCGCAGGAUCACUCCGCCACGUCUCAGCGAUCCACCGCCUGGUGGUGGGACGACUGCAGCGCGACACUCGACAUACACAACUUCACGUGGUCAUCGCUUUGCCUCCGCUGCCGCCGCUAUCUACAACGAGCCUUGUGACGCUCGUCUCUCAGGUAGCGGCGGUGGUGGAAGUACCUUCACAUCCAAAAGAGCGGCUGUGCGCAGGGCCAGUCUCGCUGCUAGCAUAUACUGCGAUACUGAGCAUCAUCGUCAGGGCGGAUUUCAGCUGCCUUCCAGUCCACAAGGUUCUCCCGAUAGUCUUCGACUAAAUUCAGCCAACUACUUGCGAGAAGGUUCGGGGCCUACCGGCUUCAAUGCCACAAAUGGACGGAAGAACGGUGCCACUGGUCACACCUCUCAAUACUGGAAAGAACAUGACUCCGGCUCCUCCAGCCUCUCGAACUCUCGUGAUGUUUUCUCACACAUCAACCCCCAUCUAGAGUAA